AUGCAAAUCCUCAUCACAGGCGCCGCCGGCUUCAUCGGCCAAUUGCUCGCAAAGGAGCUCCUCAACGACCCCUCCUACCACCUCACAUUGACCGAUAUCCACGAGCCCCCACCCCCAAGAGCCCUCGACGCCGUCUUCGCCUUCCACGGCAUCAUGUCCUCCGGCUCCGAAGCCAACUUCGACCUCGGAAUGAGCGUCAACGUCGACGCAACUCGCACCCUCCUCGAGGCCCUCCGCAGAACCUGCCCCGGCGUCCGGUUCAUCUACUCAUCCAGCCAAGCCGUCUACGGCCGACCGCUCCCCGACGUGGUCGACGACAGCGUCACUCCCACGCCGCAGGGCUCAUACGGGGCCGAGAAGCUGAUCUGCGAGACUCUGGUCAACGAGUACACAAGGCGCGGCUUUAUCACGGGGUUCACGCUCCGGUUUCCCACGAUCUCGGUGCGUCCGGGACAACCGACUGCGGCGGCUUCGUCGUUUCUCUCGGGGAUGAUUCGGGAGCCGUUGGCGGGGAAGGAGUGUGUGAUUCCAGUUGAGGAUCGGUCGUUCAAGUCCUGGCUCUGUUCGCCGCGGACGCUUGUGCAGAACCUUGUUCUUACGUUGUCGUUGCCGAGUGAUGCGUUGCCUCCGCAUAUCCGGUCGAUCAAUGUGCCAGGUAUCUGUGUCACGGUGCAGGAGAUGAUGGAUGCGCUGGAGAAGGUGGGUGGGAAGGAUAAGCUGGCGCUAUUGAAGGAGAAGGAGGAUCCGACACUUCGGCCGAUUCUGGACUCGUGGCCUACGCGAUUUAAUAAUUCUCAGGCUAUUGCGCUAGGGUUCAAGCGAGACUCGUCAUUUGAGCAGGCGGUUAGAGACUAUUACGAGCAGGAGGUAUUGGGGAAAUGAGAAUAUUAGUAUAACUGGACUUCAACUGCCAAUAGACUUGGUACAUGUCUGCUAG